AUGCAUCGUCGACGCAAAAAGAAAAAGAGAAGAUCGCAUCGAACGUCCACAAGAGCCAUGUCGGAAAAGAAUCAUAUGACGGCAGAUGAUUUGUUACUAGGAGGUGAUACGGCAGUAGAUGGCGAAUAUGGAAGGAGGAGAAGUAAAGUGGGAAGAGAUGAGGUGGUUAGUUAUGGGAGUGCACCGGUCACGGUUAUUGGUGAGGAAAUGGAACCAGAUGAGAAGUUGGAAAAGUUGCAUGGUCUGUCGAGUUAUAAUGGGGAGAGAAGGAAGGAUGGUAGACGGAGGGGGUUUGGAGGAGGGUUUGGAGAGGGGUUUGGAGGGGGAUUGGGGGGUCUGGAGGUUGGGGGUGGGAGUAGGGUGGUGGGGGAUCCGAGUGAUGAGGAGUUGGAGAGGGAUAUGAGGGGUUUAGGGGUCGGGGUGCAUGGGAAUGCGACGAAUUCGAGAAUUAGGAUUGUACCGGUUGUGGAUGAAUAUGAAGAGAAGGAAAGGAAAGAGAGGGAUAGGGAUAGUGGAAGGAGACAUCAACCAAGAUCGAUCCCGAGGGUGGAAAUCCAACAUCCGGAACAUGAUGAAAUUGUUGUGUUUGAGGAACAUGACAGUGCUGACGAGCGAACCCAUCGUAAAUUGGGAGGGGGUGAGAGAACGCGGGAGAGGGAGAGGGGGAGGGAAAGAAGUACGGCCAGAACUAUCGAUACGUGGGAGAGGAGUGAUGUUGGUGCGAGUACGGUAUUUAUGGGGGCUGAGAGGGAUAAAUCGAGGGGGAGAGAGGAGAGGGAAAGAGAAUUGAGUAUUCCGAGGAGUGUGGAUAGUUGGGAGCGAAGUGAUGUGGGGGAAAGUACGGUGUUAACACAGAGGGAAGGGGAGAGGACGGAGACGAGGACGAGGACCAAAAGUAAAAGUAGGAUUGGAGCGCCAAAAUCGAGGGUGGCGAGAGCGAGGAGUACGACGAGAACGAUUGAUACGUGGGAGAGGAGUGAGGUGGGGGAGAGUACGGUUUUGAGUGGAAGGGGUGGGAGGAGUAGGGUUGGUGGUGGUGGUGGAGGUAGGGAUAGGAAUAGAGAGAGGAGUAGAGUUGAUAGGGAGAGGGAGAGGGAGAGGAGUAGGGUGGAGAAGGAGAGGGAUAGUGGGUAUGAGGAGGAUAGGGAGAGGGAUAGGGAGAGGGAAAGGGAAAUGGAUAGAGAUAUGGCUUCUUUUCGUGGGGAAGAGGGAGAGGGAAGAGAAGGAAAAGGAAAAGGAGAAAGAUGGCAUGGGAGAGGAUAUGAAUAUAAGGAGAGGGAAAGAGGUCAUAGUCCAGUACCAAGUAGACUUGGGGAGAGUAGGAGAGAUAGGAAAAUGUGGAGUGAGAGGGGGAGUGGGAGUGGGGUGACGAGGGUGAGUGGGAGGAAGGUGGGGAGUAAGGGGUAG